AUGCUCUCAACGACGUCUCCAUUCUGUCCUAUGGUACCAACUUCUACAAUGACGCCACCAACCACCACCACACCACAUCGUCCCCAGGGUUCUCCCAAACAAUGCUCCAACUGCUUCGUCGCGGAAACAUGUCAAUGGAGGAAUGUUCGAUCGGAGAAUGGAAUUUUGUGCAAUGCUUGUUUUAUAUACCAGAGGAAGUAUAAGAAGACUCGUCCAAUUACUGCAAUGGAGAAAUAUAGGAGUAAGAAAGCUCAUAGACAAAACUGUACUCAAAUUCAAGACACCCAAGUUUAUGAGGGAAAUGAAAUUCAUAUUCCAGGAGGAAAUGGGAUUUACAAUCGAUACCAGCUAAUUUUCACUGUGUUUAUAGGCCGAACUGGAAUUGGAGGGGACCCUUAUAGAUAUAUAGUAACUCCUGGACGUGAAAUGAUGAUUGAAGUGGUUACGAAGAGUUUAUUCAUGAACACAAAGAUGGCGAUCAGUGUGUAUUAUCGAGCAUACUGCAAACAACUUCAAAUCUCAGACGGCCAAACUAUUUCUAUCCCUGGAAACUCUUUACAACCAAUACCUGCCAAUUACUCGUGUACUUAUGUGAUAACAGCUCCAACUAGCCCUACAACAGGACUAUAUGCAAAUGUGACAUUGAUAAGCAAUAUGAAUGGAUUUCAGGAUAAAAUUAUAGUGACAGAUAUAACAGGGGCCAACGACUGGGACCCUGAUAUAAAUUAUUAUAAUUACAUUGUUAUACCUGGAUCUUCGAUGUUGUUUGAAAUUAAAACUGGGGAUAUGUUCAUGGCUUCGAUGUUUUUGAUCAGAGUGGAGUGGCAUGAAGUGAACAUUGGCCCGACUAAACCGAUGAUUCGAGAUGAAAUUAAUUAUGUUGACUUGGCACUAUUAAAAGAUGAUACCAGCGUGUUUAAUUCUGUGACAUUCUCGGCAAAUGAACAGCUUGUUGUUUCUCAAGUCUACUACAUUUCUGUUCAAAUUGAUUUUCCAAAUUGUUUUGUGAUUGAUGGGAAUAUCACAGAUCAAAAGAGAGUAUUUACAUUCAAAAACUUCAAUUACACUGUGUACGAGUCAGAAUCGAAUUACAUGACGUUUGUGAUGUUUAGCAAGGGGAUGAACGCAUAUGUUCUGAAUUUAUUGUCGGUUGCCAAAGAAGUACAUCAUCACUUGCCUGCUAAUUAUAAUUGCACUUAUCAGAUCCUCCCACCUGUCAACUAUGAUACCGGACUCUAUGCGAAAGUUAUACUGAAAAAUGGACUUAGAGGUGCCAAUGAUUUAAUAAUUGUUACUGAUGUUGAUGGGAAGACUACUACUAUGAAUAACCGAACCGGAAUCGGUGGUUUUCCAUUUGAGUAUCUCGUAUUCCCAGGAGCCCAAUUUUUUAUUCAAGUCACCACGAAAAGUGUUCUUAUGAAUUCUAUGUUCUCGAUUACUGUGGAGUAUCAUAAUGCACCCAUCGGACCUACCAGCACGUUGAAGACCGGAUCUGAGAUGAAUUAUUUCGAAAUGGCAACAAUAAGAGAUGGUAGAAAUGUGUUCAGUUCCAGAACUUUUACGGAUAAGGAUUCGAUCUAUAUGUACGUCGGCAGAAAGGAUAAUAGAGUGAUCACCUGUUGGGAUUGUUUCGUGAUCGAUGGGACUUUUAUGAAUCAAACACGCGUUUUUAGAUUGGCAAGUGUGGAUUAUCAAGUGUUCAAUACGAAAUCUAAUGCGUUGACAAUAAUCGCGUUUGAAGAUGGAAGUAUUCCGUUGGUGUUCAAUAGGUAUUCGGAGGCUCAGCAGUACACCGCCAUGUUUGCCUAUGCCACGACACCUGUGAUCCCAGAAUACGUCGACAUGAAAACUUUCUUCUCAGGAUUCACGGAAGUCUUAGAAGUCGUCAACUUCAACUCCACUGGAAUCAUCAUGCAGGAUCUGGUUAUCAGAAGUGACACCUGCAACGCUUAUGUGGUAGACGGACCGCCAAAUAACUCAUCAAAAGUUAUCAUGGAUAUCGCGAAUGCGACUAUGCCGAAGUCAUUUGACCUGAAAUAUUUUUCAGUGAUUAACCUAGAUUGUGACUUUGUAUUUGGUGUCAAGUCUUAUGAUAACUAA